AAAAACAAAAGAAAAUCAACCAGAGGGAUAUUUGUAUUGUGUUUUUGGGAAAAGUCUGACUUACUUUAAACCUCGUCAAGUAAAUGAACCCUACACCGGAAGUCCUGGUGUUUACCUUUCAAAAUAAUACGAUCUGAAUUUACAAGAAAACUAAGUUUGAAUUUACAAACCAGUUAACAAAUAUUGAUACAGAUAGAUUUUAAUCAAUCACUUAUUUUAUUUCUCUCAAAGUGUCAGUCAAGACUAAACAGAUGCAUAAACCAGAUGUAUCUGAUGUAAAAUACAACACAAACAACAUGGUUUUAAGAUAUUAAAUUAUGAAGACGUUUUACUUAUUAUGAACAAUUUACUGAACAAGUAGAUCUUUGGUUUAAAGGGCCAGUACUGUCAAAAUCAAGAUUUCCUGGCUUUUUUCAUAAUAAAUAAGGUCCAGUCUCUGUAAGUACAGUAAGUGUCAAAACAACACAAGGAUAAUCAUCGCACAGGAUUAAUAUGGAUAUUAAUACAAGAGACCAAAACUAACUCUGAAUUAAUUUACCUUUGCAAAAUUCAUCGGUAACCGGUGUCGGCCGCCACCGGCAAGGUUCAAUAUGGAACCUUGAACGUAUUGUUAUUGUAUUUUCUUCAGUGCGCUUUUAUUCUGAAACGUGACCGGAAGUUGUACGUCUCGUGUGUUUUACUCUGACAGCCGCCGGUGUUUCCGGUGUGUGGGCGGGGCUCCGGUGACAGCUGCAGCUCCGGGCGUCGCUCGUCACUUUGUUUUUCUUCGAACGGAGAAAAAGUAAAAAGCGCAUUUGGAUUAAAAACCCCAGAAAAGAAGAAGAAUAAAGAAGUCUGUUCGCUCGGCGGGAAGAAGAUUUGACCUUUGACCUGCAGAGAAGAGGAAACAAACCGGCUGCAGCAGCAGGACGUGAACGGAGCCACGACGGGAAGGAAAAACACUGGAGGCCUCGAGCCAGAUCAGAGCGGGACCGAGUCUUAAAGAUCAACAGGAGAAUCGGCUGCAGACGAACAUGGCGCUGUUCUUCUCUGGAGCUGUGACGAGUUCACCUAUAAAGCGACGCUUGCGGGCGAAUCCGUCCUGUCAGAGCCUCGACCGCUCGCUCCUCUCCCCCGACUCCUCCUACGUCUGCUACUCCUCGCCGGACGGCGGCGACCCGAGCUGCUGCCGCCGCUCGCCACGCCUCCUCACCAACGGCUACUACGACGUCACCGAGGACAGUUUCUCCUGGGACGACGACGGGAACGUGUCGCUGACGCCGUGUAAGACCAACGUGUCGUACAAGGAGAACCUGGUCAGGGUUUUCCGCCGCAGACGGAGGCCUCGCAGUUCGCUGGCUCGCCUCCUGAGCAACGUCACCGAGAGCUGCCAGUCGUGGCUGGACGAGAACGUGUUCAGAGGCGUGUUCGGGACGGGACAGAACCUGGACCUGGACCGGGACCGGGACCUGGACCGGGACCUGGACCGGGACCUGGACCUGGACCUGGACAGAGAGUACGAGCGAGGUCUCGGCCAGCAGGGCCCGGCGCCGCCGCUGGACGAGUCCUGGUCCGGAUUGUGCAGCAGCACCGAGCUGGACGACGUCCGCAGCUUCACAUACGACCCGACGGAGGCCCCGCCCCCUCCCGACAAAGUGUCUCCGCCCCCGACGCUGCUCGUCCAGGAGGAGAUUUGCUCUGAGAUCUGUCAGUCAAAGGAGCGGUUCGCCCAGUCGGUGGGCGGUCUCUCUGAAGUCCCGCCUCCGUCUGCCUUCUACGCCAACGCCUGCUGCUGUCAGGCCUCACCUGAGCCCACGGGGUUGACGAUGAAGGCCUUCCUCCUCCUCAUCCUCACCGUCUUCAUCGCCACGGCUCUUUACUCCGGGUGUGUGUGGUGGAGCUCGACCGUCGCGUCCAGCGUGUUCCUGACGAUCACCACGUUUAUGUUCCUGACGAAGUCGGGGCCGAUGGGCGAGUGGAGGCGGGCGAAGACGGAGGACAUCACGUCAAGAAACGAGUAAAAGGGACGAGACGAGACGAGAAGAUGAAUAUUCAACGUUUCACUUAAUGUUUGCAUGUACGUUUGCACUUAAAGGACCAAGAGUCGCCGAGCUCCGGAAAACAUUUCACAGCAACAACGACCGUUCGACUGCGAAAAACCCCCAAAUGAUCCGUUUCUGAACGUGGAUCUGAGUUUUCUGCUCCGAGGCGUCGACCAGAAAAGCUGCGUCGCUUCUGAUUCGGAGAGAAUUUAAAUUAAACGAGGCUGGAAACAUUGGAACCGUAGACUGUAAAUAAAGAUACAGCAAAGCUAAAAUAUCUCGGAUAAGGUCACCGCCAUCUCGUGCUGGUGACGCCAUGUGGCGACCUGGAGCCCAAUUCAGGCUCCGCCUCCUCCAGAGGCAACAUGUGAAGUCGGAUUGCGUCGCAGCGGCGCGACUCGGCCGUCCACAUCUCGUCGGCUCCUUCAAAUGCGUCUUUCCAGUCCCGGGCGACGAAGAUCCAACGGCCAAUCGGUGGAUCGGUAGGUGACUGCUGCUCUGUUGCUUGGCGACAGCCACCAGGGGGCGAUCAUGACGAUCUGGCUCGUCCGUCUUUAUUCACAGUCUGCGGCUGGAAACACGGUUGUUUUCUGGUAAAAUGCCGAAGGAACUCGAGUCGCCGUAGUUUAGAUAAAAAUCCUAUCAAACACAAAGACAUGACAAAUGUAGCAGAUGUGUUUCUAAGAGACUGUUACCGUUUCUUCUGUUGCUCGUAGUUGAACUUGGCUGGUUUGGGUCGUUCCAACGUGAGCAAACGUUCAGCGACCGGAAGAAACAAUUCAGGUCAAAAGAAAAGACAGAACCAGCAACAAGAGGCAGUGAAGCUUCACGUCAGUUGAAACAGGAGCUGUGAGUUCUUCUGACAGAAAAGAAAAGAACUCCAAACGUUGUAGUCGAUCGACCUCGAAUCACUUUUAACUGCAGGAGUUAGAUUCAGGGAGUUUUGUUCUCCUGACGAAACUGAAUUAAGAGUUUUAUUCCAAGACGACGCGUAGAAAUCACAAGUGUGGUUGAAGAGUGUCGAUACAUUGAAGCUGCAAACUCCGGGUUGACUCGUGAAAAGAAAGAUUUCUGUAGUUUGACUGGUUCGACUCGAAGCGUAAAGAUCCAGUUCCGUCCACUCGACCUCACUGACGACGUCACACUGACGACGUCACACUGACGACGUCCCACUGAUCAGGGGGUUUUAAUCUCAAAUAUAACAAUGUUCUCCAGUCUGAACUUUUUUUCGAUGAAGUCGUUUUGUGGUAAAACUCUUCAGUGGUUAAAGUGCCUUUAGUGCUGAGACACAGAAUAAAACAGGGAAGAGUUUAACAAGUGUCUGAUGGUGUUUGAUUUGACCUGCGUGCUGCAGCAGGCGGGUGGAGUUAGUGAGGUUACAGAUCACUUGAUAAGAACUACCUCACAUGACAGAAACCGUCUGUGGAAACAUUUAUUUAAUGUCUGCUUACAUGGAGGGGGGCGGGGCUUAUGACCUGUACUGCAGCCAGUCACCAGGGGGCGAUCAGGAUGAUUUGGCCUCAUUUUUCAGGGCUUUCAUGUCGGCCAUCUUUAUGGCUGAACACAGUUAAAGUCUCGUCAGGACAAACUCCACCCAGCUGGCGUCACAGGCAGCACGAAUCAAACACACCAUUUAGGUCUGCGUUUGUGUGAAGGUGAACUCUUGUUCACACUCUGAGGCAGCUGGAUUUCUGAGGGAGCAAUAAUUACAGAAAACAUAAAGAUGAAACACGAGGUGAGUUGACCUCAUCCCUCGAGCUCUUUUAACGAAACCAUGUUGAUGUUUUCAUCAGGAAAAGUGUUGAAGUGAAGCUGGAACCAAACCAAUGUAAAGAAACACAAGUACUGUACCUCACGACUUUAUAAGGUCUUUUAAAACUUUAUAGAGUUUUUAAAAAUUCAAUCACGUUUGGGCCUCGAACUUCGCCAAGACCUUUAGUGAACCAGGAAGACGAGAUGAGUCGUGGUCAACUCUUCUGUGUGGACUGUCGAUGUUUAAUGUGAUUUUGUGGAACAAAAUUUUUGACCAGUUGAGUUUCAGAUUGUUUUUCUGUUAUUUCAUGUAUAAUCACGCUGCGUUCAAGUCAAAUGGGAAUUAUCGCAACUCCCAUUUUCUGAUUUAUAAAUUACGGUUCACGCGAAGAAAGCUUUUUAAUUCACACAGAUAAUUUUUGGGGGAAAGUGGAACACGGCCGACCAAAGUCUGUCGUUUAAUCUGAUUAAACCGAAGUUUCAUUCCAUUUCAUUAAAACCGUGGAUUCUCUGUGAAUGUGAAUCAUCUUGUGAAUCAUGUCAUGUGACCUGAACGCAGCAUAAGGUCUGGAACAUUAAGGGUUAAGGUCCGGUCCCGCCAGAACCAAGCUAACCGCUAGCUACGUUCUGAAAUUAGUCAGUAAAUAAGUUCCGUCGUAUUAAACAUCGUCGGCGCGACCGGACCUUUAGAACUCGUUUCUGAACCGUCCGAUGUGUGUUCGAGUAUCUGUUCACUCAAAGUGCCAAAAAUGUUACGUCACCAAUAUGUUAUUAUCAAUGAUUUAUAAAAAUCAAUCUAUUUAACCAAUAUUUCCUAACACUUGCUGCUCUGCAUGACUUUUUUUAUGACUUUGCAUUUAAAGCUGCAAAUAUGACACAUAAUAUUUUUAUAUUCACGAUGAAUCAAAUUGAGCCUCUUCGUUGUUUUGGGGGUUUCGGACAAAAACUACGAGGGAGAUAUUUUUCUCCGGAGGAGGCGGAGACUAAAAACUUCGCAUCAGUGUAAGAGAGAGUUUUUGUUCAUCUUGUUCUGCUGCCCCCUGGUGGCCAUAAAUCAACCAGUGCAGCUUUAAAUGCUCAAAGUUAUUAACUUACUACUACUUACUAAAAAGAAAAGUAAAAUAGUGAAUUUACUGCACAAGACGACGGGAAUUUCCCGAGACGAAGACAUUUAAUAUGAAUUUAGAUUUGUCUCUUGUUACUGUACAUGAUGCUGUUUAUGAUGUUGUACUGAGUUUUAUUGUUUGAAAUGUGAUUCUCUGCUCGUUGCAGCGCUUGUCACUCAUGUUGUCAUUUCUCUGAACUGUAUCAUGUUAUUAAAGUCUCUGCUCGGAAAACUGUCAAAUUAAAACUUAAACUGACACGUAAA